AUGCUGUUCAUGACGAGGUUACAGGCGAAGCCGUGGAAAAGCGCAGUGAGUGUGGCGGCUCUUAAUAACGACUUCCCAUCGUCCUCUCCCUCCUCUCCCUUCUCCCCCCCUCCCCUCCUCCCCAACUCCUUCCCCUCUCCCAGAGCUGCUAGGAGCGGUGGAUCGCACAGGCUGCUGGAAGCGGUGGAUCGUACUGUGAGUGUGGCGGCACGAAAUGAGGAUUCAUCUCCGCUUGCUGCUCGUUUUGCUGCCAAAAACGCCCUCCUCCCACCACCUUCUACCUCCGCUCCUUUCCCCCACUCACCUCCCCCAUUUCCUCUCCCAGGGCUGCUGGAAGCGGUGGAUCGUACUGUGAGUGUGGCGGCGCGAAAUGAGGAUUCAGCUCCGCUCGCUGCUCGUUUUGCUGCCAGAAACGCCCUCCUCCCACCACCUUCUACCUCCGCUCCUUUCCCCCACUCACCUCCCCCAUUUCCUCUCCCAGGGCUGCUGGAAGCGGUGGAUCGCACUCUCCCUCCUCCCCCCUGCUCAUCUCCCCCUAUCCUUGCGUCCCUUUCCCCCCAACGCCGUUUCCCUCCACCUCUUUCUCCCUUCUCCCCCUUUCACCUCCCCUCCUCCCCCUUCCUCCCAGAGCUGCUAGAAGCGGUGGAUCGCACAGUGAGUGUGGCGGCACGCAAUGAGGAUUCAGCUCUGGAGGAGCAGCUAGCAGCACUAGAGCCUGUGGGAGUGCGCAAGGCACCAGCAGCAAGGGAGAAGGGCAAACUAGACAGGUCGAAAUCAAAGCCAACCUCUUCUAGAGCCACUAACGGGGCAGCUCUUAAAGGAUCCAUCAGCGCUCCAUCCCUGGAUGAACCUGGAAGCUCCUCCGAAACAGAGGGAAAAGCAGCAGGCACACCAGGGGUGCGAGGGGGGAAGGGCGCAGGUGGCGGCAGGAGAAAGAAGGUCGAGGCGAGCUCUAGUGGAGGGUCGACUGGUGGAGGCUCAACUGGUGGGGGAUCAACUGGUGGAGGUUCAACUGGUGGGGGAUCAGCAGCAGGAGGAUCUAUUGGUAAAGGGUUAACCGGAGGGGGUACUACCAUGACUGUUGGGAGCUUGAUCGCUGCUGGGGCAGGUGCAGGGUCAGACACUCUCCUUGCGGAUAGUACUGCUGCUGCGCGCCUUGAUGCAGCUGCAGCGGCUGCAAGGGCCACUGAUGCAGCUGCAGACAAGAGGGGGGCAGGUGUGGAAGCAGUGGGAGCAGCGGAAGGAGCGGAAGGGGGAGCAUCAGGGGGGUUAGAAGCAGGAGGAAGGGAUGGGAGCAUGAGUUCUGAUGCUAGUAAAGCUUCUGCUGCUGCUGCUGCUGCUGCUGCUGCCACGACCGGAGCUGCAAAAGCAGGUCUGGAUGUGCGGCCAGCAGCUGGUUCGGCAGCUGGGUCGGAUACAGGCUUGGGUGGUGGAUUGGGGAUUGAGGCAGUGACAGGUGCGGAUGCUCUAAAUUUUGGGAUUGCAGCAGAGGCAGGAGGGACAGCAGGGGCAGGAGGGAGCGAAGUAAGGGGCGAAGAAGGAGCAAAGAGUGAGGGGGGGAGUGACACGGAUGUGCAGGGUAAUGGCACAGAAGGGGAAGGGUGUGAGGGUGAACCAAGUGCAUCCGUAGAGGCACCUACUAGGGGAGAAAGGAGGGAGUUGGAGGGAUCCAGUGCGGUUGAGAAGCAAGUUGCUGCGGUGGAAGGAGCUCUUCCUGUGGCUGCGGAAGGUGGGGUGCUUAUGUCAGCAGGAGAGUUGGGAUCAGGAUCAGGGUUAAGAGAGCCAGUUGGGAGUGGGAGGAGAGGGGAGUUAGGAGGAAGCGAGGUAGGACGAGGGGAAGCUGCGGGUAGUGAGGAGGAGGGGGUGGAAGGGGAACUGGGGCGUGAUCAGAAUGGGAGGAGGGAAGGGAUGGAGAGUGGUGUAAAGGUUGGUGGCGCGGUUGAGGCUGGAGUUGGGGCUGGGGUUGGGAUUGCUCGGAUGGAUGUGACAGGGGGAGAGGCAGCAGGGGAUGGUGGUGGUAAGGUGGUGGGUGGACUGGGGGUGGUGGGAGGGAAUGACGGUGGGAUUAGAGAGGGGAGGUUAAAGAAUGGGGGAAAAGAAGAGGAUGGGGAAGCUGGGAGGAGAGUAGGGGAGCAAGGGGGGUUAGAAAUGGAGGAGGGAGGCGGAGUGGAAAAAGAAGAGGGCGAAGAGGAGGGAGGGGAAGGAGAGGAGGAGGAAGAGGAGGAAGGGGGUGAGGAGGAGGAAGAGGAGGAGGAGGAGGAGGAGGAGGAAGGGGAGGAGGAGGGGGUUGAGAGGGACAGAAAGACAAGGGAGAAGGUGGUGAAAGCGUCAGAGACUCAGAGGGAUCUCGAGGAGGCCAAGGGACUGCUUCGAUCAGCUACAGGCAUUGGGCAAACCAAGGAGGCCAGGCUUACACGGAUCUGUGCACAGCUGUCGGCGCGGCUGCAGGAGUACAAGGCAGAGAACGAGCAGCUGGAGGAGCUGCUUCACGAGGAGAGGAACAACCGUGGAUCAGUGGAUAGUGUGGUGAGAGCAUUGCAGCAGCAGUUGGCAAGUGCACGGGCAGAGGCAGUGGCAGCAGAAGGAGCAGUGGCAGCGGGGAUGGAAGCUAAGAACAGGGAGAUAGAGGCGCUGUGUGGAGCACUGGAGGAUGCUGAGAGACAUUCCGCUGCUCUCCAAGCCAAGCUUGCCUCCCUGCAGGCGAGCUCUGAAGCCUUAUCGAAGAACCGGGACUCCACAGAGGCGCGGAUGAUUCAGGCGCUCAGGGAGGAGCUGGGUGCUGCUGAGAGGCGGUGCGACGACGAGCAUGCAGCGCACCUCGCCACACGACAGGAAGCAGCGGCACGCGAGCUGGAGUUGGAGCAGCAGGUGGCGGAGGGCGUGGCAGCGCUUUCUCGCAUGCAGAGGGCAGUGGAGGAGCGCACUCAGCGCGUGUCAUCCCUUGAAGAGAAGAUAUCCGUUCUCGAGAUGGAGUGCAGCAGUCUCAACAGCGAGCUACAAGCACACGACGACAAGGCAAAGAGGGACCUCCGACGACCAGUCUCAGCAGAUGACCCCUCCGUCCUCGCGCAGGUCCAGGCAUGGAAGGAGGAGUCAGAGCGAGCGAGACAGCUGCUGCGAGAGGCAGAGGGGAAGCUGGCAGGCAGCGAGGCAGAGGUGCAGAAGCUGCGGGUGGAGGUGGAAGCCCACAAGAGGGACGCAGAUUCAUCCUCGUUACAGGCCAAUGCAGAAAUGGAGAAACGGUUCAAGGAGUUGACAGAGCUGCUGUGUCUGAAGCAGAGUCAACUGGAAACGAUGACAAGUGAGAGGCAAGCAGCGAUGCUGCAACUGGACAAAGAGAGAAGAGAACUGCAAUUGGCCAAGGCGCAGGCAGAGAGGGACAGAGCGGCACGCCGGUCGAUUCUGAUGGCUGCAGACGAGGAGGACAGCGAGAUGCAGCCUCUGGAGUCCGUGGGUCUCCCCAACCGGCGCUUCAUUGGCAAGAGGAUUCAGCAAGCAGCAAAGCUCAUCGAUCACGGCACAGUGACUGCCGGUCGAGCAAGCAGACGAGCUACUGAACAAGGACCAUGUGUAGCUGCAGAGGCGGCAGCAGACGUCUCAAAACCCUGCCCUCUCUCCCUCCUCCCCAUUCCACAGGAGCAAGCGGACAAGCUGCUGAACAAGGACCAGGUGUACUUGGCUGCAGAAGCUGCAGCAGGGUAUCAGAGAGACGUCUUGAAACCCUUCCCUCCCCUGCUUCCCCCCACUUUCACGCCUCUUUCCCUCGCCCAGGAGCAAGCAGACGAGCUUCUGAACAAGGACCAGGAGCAAGUGGACGAGCUGCUGAACAAGGACCAGGUGUACUUGGCUGCAGAAGCGGCAGCAGGGUAUCAGAGAGACGUCUUGAAACCCUUCCCUCCCCCACUUGCCCCCACUUUCACGCCUCUUUCCCUCGCCCAGGAGCAAGCAGACGAGCUUCUGAACAAGGACCAGGUCUACUUGGCUGCAGAGGCGGCUGCAUGGCUCUGGGCUAAAACGUCACAAAAUACCUCCUGCUCUCCCGCUCCUGCUCUCCAUUUUUUCCCCCACCCCCAGGAGCAAGCAGACGAGCUGCUGAACAAGGACCAGGUGUACUUGGCUGCAGAGGCGGCAGCAGGGAUUGUGAAGCCCCACCCCGCUCGUCGUUAG